AAUUGACGAACAAACGAAAAUAAACCCCUCGCCUAGUUUGACACUCAGGCUAGUUAUUUUUUGACAAUGAAUCUCUUGACCAUCAUUCUCCUGGCAUUCACAGCCAUCAGUCAUUUUGGUGCACGAGCCAUGUCAGGCCCAGACACCGUUGACUCGUCAUGCGCGUGGAGUACGUGUGGGAAAGGGCCGUGUCCGCCUGAUUCUUUGACCGAGAAAAUCAGACGUUGCACCCUCGAAGACGGUUCCGCCGAGGUGCAAUCAUUAUGCUGUGGCAACUUACAACGUGGUGCAAACAGGGGGAGAGAAUAGCAGCAGGGCGUACCAAUGGUUUUGGCAUGGGGAUCUGAAGUUCUCAAUUGCCUAGUACUCACUGUUCGUUUCCGUUGUCUCCCUCAGUACUU